AUGUGCCGGAUCACACUUCACAUCUGUCCUUAUCCUGACCACGAUCCGGUCUCCUCCCUCAUAUUCAACCCGAAGAAUGGUCCUCUGUGGGAGAUCUGCAACAGACCACGGCCUUGGGGUCGCCUGUCCUGCGGCACGCUUGAGGUCGAACAUUCCAAACACCUGCCUCGGUCGGGAACGUCUCUUUCCUCCUACAACACCCCGAUCACCAACUCGUCCAAGGCCGAGAAGCGUGAGGCUCACAACCAAGAUCUCAUGCUAGGCGAUCCAAACACACCCAAGACUACUAGCGGAGCACAGCUUCCAGGAAACCCCUGUAAAUGGUGCACUGCGGUUCUCAGACUGACAGCAACAAAGUCGAAGGAAAUGCAGAAGUUGGCGCAGAAGGACAUUGCAGAUGUGGAGCGCAAGAUGGGUGACAACGCCGAGUUGAGGAAGAUGCACGAAGACAUUGCGACCAAGGAACAAGAAUUGAAUGGGUUGAAACAUGAUGCCUGGACGAAGGCCACGUUGUUGAUGAGUGAUUCGAUAGACAGGGCUGAAGGGGGCGAGACGCAAGGCUGA